CUACCUGUUGACAUUGUAGAAUCUGGCAUUCAUCCGAUAUAUUUUUGCAGCACUCACUAUAUUGAAAUGCUGCUGAAGGCUGAGGUGCCACUUGUAUAUUCAGCUUUUCGCAUGUCUGGUUUUGCACCAUCACAGAUUUGUCUGCAAUGGAUAACUCAGUGUUUUUGGAAUUAUUUAGAUUGGAUAGAAAUCUGCCAUUAUAUUGCUACUUGUGUUUUGCUUGGUCCUGAUUAUCAAGUGUAUAUCUGUAUAGCUGUAUUCAAACAUCUCCAACAAGACAUUCUGCAGCACACUCAGACUCAAGAUCUACAAGUUUUUCUAAAAGAAGAAGCACUGCAUGGGUUUCGAGUGAGUGAUUAUUUUGAAUACAUGGAAAUUCUGCAGCAAAACUACCGACCCGUGCUGCUGAGAGACAUGCAGAACAUUAGAGUGCAGAGCACAUAGAUCAUGAGAUGCACUGUUUAAUUUUAUGUUUUAUUUAUUUUUAAAGGAAACAAGGGGAACUUGAUCGUUUUCUAUCUGUAUCUAUAACAACAUAUGCUUUGUGAAUAUACAUAUUGUAAAUCAAUACUGAGAAGUUUUGAAUAUGAUAAUAUAUUCAAGUAGGUAUUAGCUUAAUUUGUGACAUGAAGUGAAUUCAUUUUUCUAAAUUUGUUCUGUAAGGUUGUUUUAGAAUCAGAUCUAGCUUACUUAUAAGUUCAUAUUUGUGUUUAAGAGUUAGACCCACCCUACACCUUUUCCUUCACCAGAUGAUUAAAAUAUUUUUCCCGUGAGUUUGGAAAAAAGAAGCAAUAUUGUAAAGAAUCAACUAGCCAGCGAGAGGCCAUAGAGACAAGGAAAAGCCAGUUGUUUUCUCCAUUUUUUGUGUCUGUACAUCUGAAGGAAAAUAGACAAAACCACAACUGUUAAUUUUUCGUGUGGUGGAACAAAUGAUAUUUACCAUGGCAAGUGGUAGAAAAACUAUUGUCCUCAGACAUAAUUGUUUUUCUAGGAGU